CGGGUGUAGCGGACCGGUGCUUGCAGUCAGAGAGCGAGAGUGAAGUACUAUGGUGGUAUCGUGGGAAAGGACGAGCUGGAGCCUUGUCUUGAUGAGGGGCAGGAUACAAAUGCAAGAGUUAGGCUGUAGGGGUUGGGGCAACUGUAGAGACAAGGCCAAGGAGCAGGACAGGAACAGGCACUGGCAGCUAUAUCCAUCCAUAGCAACUAGUUAGUCAAAUAAAACUGAGUUUGCAACCUUAAUGCAACAUUUACAAUUAAGUGACUUCUCCAUUUAAGAUUUUAUUUUCAUGGUUAAUGAUUUCCUUUCCAUUUGGAAAACUGGUGUUUUGUUAUUUGCAAGGGUAGUUUUGCAAAGGAGUGAUUUCUCUAUACACUACUCAUUUGGUAAAUUGGUUUAUUUUUGUUACAUGUAUGGAGGAGCUGUGAAAAACUUUUUGUUUUGCAUGCCAGCUAUAUACAGUAUAUUUUAUUUUAUUACAACUGUGCAUUGAGGUAGUACAAGAUGCUGUCUGACCUGCUGAGUAUCCCCAUUGUUGCCGGGAUUUGUUUCCGAAUCCCAGCAUCUGCGAUUGUUUGCUUUUGUCCAGGGCUAGGUGGAUGAGAAGUUGGCUUUCCUAUCCCCUUCUUUGAUUGAACUGGCAUCUCUUCGGACACCUGACCAGAUGGAAGUCAGUGGGCACCCGCUGGCACCGGUGAAUGAGAUGCUUAUUGUCUGUGAGAAAGCAGAAGCCACUAGCCCCCACGACAGAAACAGCUUCAAUUCUGAUUCAGCGAUGGCUCACGGUGAGGAGGGUCAUAGAGACACCACAGUGGACAGUCAGAUGGAGGCCAGCCCUAUGUGUCAAGGAAGCCAGGUUCCAGAAUCUGGACCAUUCACUGUUUCAGAGGGAACGGCUGGGAGUGAUCAGGUCACCAGAGCACCAAUAGCUGCUGCCGCUCACACACUAGAUGUGGCAAAAGAGAGCUGGGACCUACUGGAAACGGCGCAGGUACUGAGUGAAAUCGCCACGCCUUCUUUGCUGGAGAACAACCAGUUAGAAGCUGCCGGGCAGGCUGAGCCCUUCACUGAAGUGUCUGACCCUCAGGUCCUGGUCUUGUCAACGGUGCAGCAGGAAGAUUCAGAGCUUCAGGUGCCUGAGGAGAUGAUCCUGGAGCUCCCCAAUGGCAUCAAAAUGUACGGAAGGGACCUUGCGGUCAUCACUGAACUCCUACAUCCCUCCCAGGUCCUGCUGCAGACUGGCACCCGGAAGCUGACCCUGGCCACAGCAGACGCACUGCUCUCAGCGGGGUCCCUCAUCUUCACCAUGUCCCAGGAAACGAGCCCAGAGGAGCCUAUGGUAAAGCAGCCAGGUCCGGAAGUGGAAGGGAAGUUGUACAGAUGCUACCCCUGCAAUUUGACCUUCAAUCGUCGUGGCAACUACGUCCGACACAAGAAGAUCCACAUGGUUAACACUGAGGAUGAUGCCAGAUACAAGUGCCCCCAGUGUGACCGGCAGUUCAUCCAGCACUGUGACCUGCGACGACACGCUCACAUUCACAGCGGAACACAGCCCCACCGGUGUGACCUGUGCGGCAAGGCCUUCCUCAGGGCAAGCGACCUGGUGGUUCACAAGCGCUUUCACACCAAGGAUCGGCCUUUCCAGUGCAGUCAGUGCCAGAAAUCCUUCUUCCAGUCAGGUGAUCUAAGGCGACAUGUGAGGAACAUUCACAUGACCAACUCUCGGAUGCUGAGCUGUGGCCACUGUAAGAAGAAGUACACCAAGGAGGCAACACUGCUCCAUCACAUCCAGACCAUGCACCAGGACAUCUUGCUACGGACCCUGAAGGAACAGGGGCAACACAGCAGUGAGGUAAUGGUGUCAAAGGUUGGGAGUGGAACCGAGGAGGAAAGGUGCUUGGACACCUUCGUGGAGACGGGUUCUGUAGCUCCAGUACUGCCAAGCGAUCCAGGUGCCCGUGAGGAGACUGUCUUGCAGGAAGCACAUGGCACACAAUACAGUGCAGAGACUCACCCUUCCAUCUCAGGGCCACUCCUGGAAACCACACAGGAACAAACACAAGCACUCCUUGGCUGCAGUGACUCAGGCCCAAGCGUGGUAUUGAUCAAUAUGCAGCUUACAGCGCCCACACUGGCGAGACCGCUUGGGCCAGAGCAGGAAAAGGACUUGGACUGUCCAGCAGUGAAAUGAGACAUCCUGUCUGUUACUUUCAUCUUGUCAGAACACUGCCCAUUUUAAACAAAAAACUAGAUGAUAUUCCAAAGAAGAGAUGCUGUUUAAAUUUGUAGUUGUGAUGAGGAGGAUUUUCAUUCUGACCCAGGAAAGUUGGUCUUUAAACUACAUGACUGCUGCUGCAGCAGACAUACUUCUAGGGCUUGUGUGGUACUGCCACACACUACAGCAUGAGUCCAAAAUAACAGAUGAUUUAAUUUAAAAUCUGCCUCCAUUUGAGUUUUCUAAACUCAAUAACAACUUGAACUUACCUUUUACUGUAGUAACACAAAAAAUGCUGGAGGAACACAUCAACUCAGGCAGUAAUAUGUAAAGGAAUAAACAGGCAACGUUUUGAGCUAAGACUCUUCAUCAGGACCUCUUAACACAGGUCUCAGGAAAAGGAUUGAAGUUGUAUUUUGCUUGUAGUUCAGAGUGAGGCAGCUUUAAUGAGCACAACCCUUCCACAGCAAGAGAAAGAUUUAUUUUCCAGUUGGUGGUGGUGUUCAAGGAAUAAAUUGGGACCACGCGCUUAUUGUGUCUUUUAUCCCUGCUCCCAAAGGUAAUGCUUGGAGGAAUAUGAAGGACAGGUCACUUGUGGUCUUGGCUUAACUUCAGCCCACUAUGGAGAAGGUUUUCAAUUCAAAGGGACAGUUAUGUGUACAUGAUUUCCUCUGCUAGAGGACAUGGAACAUUAAGUCAAGGGCUGAAGCAGGCACUCUCUAAUAAUGCAGACCAGAACUGGACCUGGGGUCUCUGGUAAAAAGGUGGAAUUUGUCCGGCUCUCCAUCCACCUUCUACUGGGAAGGGACUAGUAUAAUACUGAAGCAAGAGAUGCUGCUUGCUGGAAAUUCAGAGUAAUGCACAAAAUGCUGAAAGAACUCAGCAAGUCCAGCAGCAUCUAGGGAGUGGCUGAAAUCAGAACUGAAAAGGAAGGAGAAAGAACCCAGAAUAAGGUGGGGUGGUAAAAGGAAGGAUUACAAGUUGGAAGAUGAUGGGUGAAGCCAGAUAAGUAGAUGGGAGAUGAAGAAAGAAGCUGGGAAGUGAUAGGUGGAAAGGUAGAAAGGUAAAGGGUUGAAGGGGGAGGAAUCUGCUAUGAGAGGACAGUGAACAAUGGGAGGAAGAGUAGGGGGCACCGGAGGGAGGUGAUAGGCAUUUGAGAAGGGAUGAAGAAUGGGGAAUUGAAAAAGGGGGAGGGAGAAUAUAAUUUCAACUUGGUGAGAUUAGUACAUGAUAGCUUACUGUACUAGUUACAGAAGUGACUGAUUGAGCCAUAGUGAAAAUACUAACAGACCAUUAAUGGUGCCUUUGCUGACAUUGUGACUUAACAUUAGGUGAUACCCAUGUAUAUUACUAAACAGCCAGUGAUAUGCCAAAACACGUCUUGAGGGAUCUUAUUCUUUUAGAGUUUUAGCAAUGAACCCAACUUGCCAUAUGACACCUAGUGAUGUUAGAGUGUAGGCCAACACCCAAAAGAGAGGAGUAAGCUGUUAGGAAUCUCUUCCAUCCAUACAGGCAGAUUGGAUCUUGUUUUAACAUCCGAGCCAAAAAGCCAGCUGUCAAAUAACUCAAAAAUAGAAGACCUGAAGACAGAGGCUUGCAACAUCCAUUAAGAUUGUUGGCACAGUACUUCACUUGAAAUGAUGAAUAUAAAUCAUGAAACCUGUUUCUGACUCUCGAGUGGUCACCAAUCCACGUGGUGGGAGUUAGCCCUCCGAAUCCUCCCACAUGUACUGCAUUUGUUUAGCAAUCAUGCCUCUGGCAAUGAUGACCCCGAUCUUCACCCUGCAUUGCAAUUGCUCAUCCAGGUUACUCCACCAAUGGCUCUUAGACCCUUGACCUCCACUAAGAGCAAUAGGAUACAGGUUCCUGUGAUUCCUUGUUACCGGGUCUAACUGCUGGAACUCACAGCUGAAAGGAAUUUCCCCAGAAGGACUCCCAUUUCAGGAUAAACACGUGUGGAUAAGUAGUACUGGCUGUGCUCACAUACAGUUUAUGAAUAAGGACCAUGAAACUAAGGGUUGCACUGUCCCUUUACAAUGAUUUACUGGGUUUAGAUGUUAGAGGGACAAGUUAGGCAGCCUGACCCUUUUCUCCUUGGAGUAGAGGAGACUGAGGGGUUCUGUCAAGCAUGGUAAAGUUGAGGCUUCAAGACACUUGGAGUAUUGUGAGCAAUUUUGGGCCCCAUGUCCAAGAAGAAGAUGUGCCAGCAUUGGAGGGGGUCCAGAGGAGGUUUAACAGAAUGAUUGCAGGAAUAGAAGAAUUAAUGUAAGGAGCAGUAAUGGCUCCUGGCUUGUACUUGCUGGAGUUUAGGAGAAUGGGGGGGGGGGGGAAGAGAGAGAAAGAAA